AUGCAGGAAUGCAGUAUGACUCUGUUGAUGCUCAGCUCCGAAACAGAUGGCAUACCAAACUUCCAGCUGGAGAUUGAGAAGCAAAGAAGGAGCUUAGGUAGAGGGGUACUUGACAUUUUAAACAAUAAUAAAUAUUUGACUGGUAUUUGCAGUCUGGAUGUUUGCAUCGAUUUCUUUCAUUUUACCUCCAUUCCAGCAAAUGAUGUAUUUCUAGUUACUGCUGAUUCAAUGUCCUUAGUUAAGGAGAACUUGAAGAACUAUGAUAGCGUUUCUGAAUUAGUAACUUCUGGAAGCAUAUUGAGAUUGCCCGUAAUGUUUACGUCUGAAGUGCAAGGCUGCUCGCUCCAGAAGCUGUUCCAGAAUCGAAUUAUCGACGAUAUUGCUACACUGAUAGAAAUGUUACUUCCGACGAUUGGAAGGGUCCUAUAUACAAAUCACAGUUUUUUCACUGGAAUAGCCAAAUACAGAGCCUAUAUACCAAGGCAUCAUGGAGGCUAUAAACAGAUUCGGUAUAUGGAACGUCUAGGAGCUUCCUCAAUCAAAGCCUUGGCUCAUUUGUAUCUGUUUCUAGUGGACGCCACACCUUGGUUGAUCUAUCAAGGAAUAGUCAAAGUGCAGCUUCUGCAGCAUAAUGUCCAGAUUAAUACUCAUAUUGUGCGAAAAUCUACCUCAAUAAAGUAUCAAAUCGCUUGUAAGUCGUUUUUAAAAACACGAUUCCGCGACGCGAUACCAUCAUUGGCGCAGCUAGCAGUAGGAUCAGAAGACUGGAUCAGAACUCAGCAGAGGACUUCCAGGCUGAUUUCAAUCACUCACUUCUGGAACCGACGAGACCAGGAAGAUCAGGAGAAGCCCAAGGACGAAGAUCGACGCCAGAGUGCUGUGUCUUCAAAGUCUGAAGGACGAUUAAAAUUAAUUAAAUCAAGAGUUGAAGUUAAAAUCCAGACAGAUCCUUCACUCACCCCUGAUCAGAAAGUUUUACUUACCAACCAAAAUGAACUAAAUGCACUAGACGUAUUGACCGCAAAUUGUGAUGAUAGACUUAGGCUUUUGUUAGACAUUCAACAGCCCUCCGACUUAUCAGAUGCGACCAACGUAGUUACUAAACAUUUCUACAAUGAGAUGAGAAUAGAUGCACUGACAAAAAGACAGAAUUUCGGACAUCCUAGCCACUUUCAAUCACAUUCACACAAACCUAGACGUUACAAUUAUAAUAACUCAUCACGCCAAAAUUAUUACCCAUCUCAAAGACACAACCCUACAUACACUCAACCUAAUACCACACAUAUUAAUUAUCAACAACCACCAGCCAUACAUGAACAAUUUCCUUCUCAGGAGUUUCACGCUCAAUAUUCACCACAAAAUCAUUUUUCUCAGACACAUCAACCUUCCUUCAAUGAAAGUAGACAAUUUCCAUCUCAACCUGCUCCAUUACCAAAACCCCUUCCAGUUGAACAAAACUUCCCGACAAACAGGCAGGCAUUCCCAGUUAGUUCAUUAAAUGCAAUCGAGACAACUAGUGCUAUGAUCCAAUUCUUUUCAUUUUUUGGCAUUCCUCAUAAAAUCACAUGCGAUAAUGGUACCGAAUGGAAAAAUAAUAUUUUCCAAGAUCUUUGUAGUAUGUACGACAUCUCUCUUCAUUAUACAACAGCAUAUAAUCCCAAUAGUAAUAGUCCAGUUGAGAGAUUUCAUUCCACUAUUAUAGAAACAAUAAGAACCUUAAGAGAGGAAAAACCUCACCAAAAUAUUAGAGAUCUCAUGCAUUAUGCAAUUUUAUCAUACAACAAUAGCAUUCAAUCAUCAACUGACUUUACCCCUUUUCAAAUUGCUAAAGGACAGCUAGAUUUUAGAAAUCCUUUCGAGACAACGCCGAACGAACAGAUUUCCUCAUAUAUGAUAGAACAUUCCCAAAUCCUUAAACUUUUGUCUCAACAACUAACAGAAAAGUUAGAACGUAAACAAAGACAAAAUUUAGAAAGAGAAAAUAGACUUCGAAAUCGUUCUCUUUCGCUUGAUGUAAAGCAACCGCUUUUUUCAUUAAAUAAUUCCAAAACAAAGAAAGACCAACCACUUUACAAAAAACUGACCGACCCUACAGUUACUGGUGACAAUAAAGUUAUAUCAAAAAAUAAAGUUACGCAUCAAAGACAGCUCAAACCACAACGAAAAAUCAUUGUUACAGGUAGACAUGACAGGAACAAGGCUGCUACACCUACUCCUGAUGAUAGCUCUGACGAUGACAUUCCCCUUUCCCAAUUAUUCAGUCAAAAUCACAAGAUUAAUAAACCCGAUCCUUCCACUUCAGCUAGUGUCUUUCCUGUUUUUCAAUUUAACUAUACCCUAAUCCCAAAAUCCCAAUACCUUCUUUUCGACUUGAAAAACCACUGGAACACAGACCACCUUUGCACAGAAGUCGCAAAUAAAUACUUCUGUAAACACGAAGACUUAUUAGAAGCAGAUCCAUGCCUAGUAGAAAUUAUCAAAAAUGGAAGAAAUACUUGUCCCAUAACAAGAAUACAGCAAUCAAGAACUCUGGUACAGCAGAUAUCUUUAUCUAAAGUAAUCAUAAGUCCAAGAGAGCCCACUACAGUGCAUUCGUCAUGUCCAGAAGACGGCCUGAUAGUUAUUUCUCAACCAAGUCUCAUAGAACUCCAGCGAUGCAGCUUAGAAAUCAAUCAACACAAGUUCUAUCCCUCAGAUCGCAUCGACCAUGAAACAGUUUUCCCUUUACCAGCUAUAAUCCUGACCAAUUUCACGAAGCAGAACCUUGUUGAUGUAACAAAAUUCAACUUGAAGACAAUCCAGAAUCUUCAAAUAUCUCAAGAACAAAUCAACGAAGACAGUAUCCAGUUCCCAGAUCGACUCAUAGAGAAGACAAAUCUAAUCAUAUUUUUACUUCUUCUGUCAACUUUCAUUGGAUACAUCAUUUACCAAAUUUUAAAGAAGCUAGGAGAAGCAAGAAGACGUAGAGAAGAAGAAGCAGUUCCGGAUUCGCAAACUUUGGAUCCCCCGUUUGCUCAUCUUCGGCAGGGAGGAGUUAUAUAG